AUGUCAGCAAGAAACUAUGAAAAAUGUGAAAGAUGCAGAAAAGCACCUGCAACUCUGGAAUGUAUUGAAUGUGGAACUAGCUAGAGAGCAAUGAAGCACUGCUAUGAAUGUGACAAGUAAUAUCACAAGAUGUUUGAAAAAGAAAACCACACAAGAAUUACCAUCAAGUUCGAUCAGAUGGGCCAGAAGCAAUCCAGUAAUGGAAUUUCCUCCCCGUUAAGAAGACAUUAUAAUGAAGUUUCAAGCAAGAGUCCUUUGAGAACAUUUUAAAGCUUUGGAGGGAGAUAAGGGAUGAGCAUGGGAAAUAACAUGCAGUCAACUUAGGCAUCUGAUUUAAGAGUAUCCCCUCAUUUUAAUGAUAUGGUUUCAACCUAAAAUACUCAUCAUUAACCAUAACUUGACCCUAUGAUGCAAACUAUGAGAAGCACUCACAGUAAUAAUGAGUUACUUUCUCCUACUCUGCAGUAAUCAUUGAGAUCACACAGAGAACUUGACUUCAACCUAAGAUUUGAUGAGCAGUAGCUUUCAAGCAGACUUAGAGAUACCUCAUUGAAUAAGUCAGGAUACAAAUAGCAACCAGCAUCAUACGAUUAUAGACACAACAGAUAAGAUAGUCUCUCGCCUCCUCAUAUUUAAAACUAUGCAUAGAGAUAAUAGCAUUCCCCUUUGAGGUAAAAAGUAGAUCAGCCUUAAUUAAGGACUUUGAACGGAGCACCCCAGCAAUAUCAAUCAUCAAUUCAACUAUAGCCAGUUCAGAACCAAAAUCAAAAUACUGAUUAUUACCAAACAAUAUCUCCAAGAAGACUUUAAACUUCUUAAUCCCAUGCCUAACUUCAAAAUCCUCAAUUCCUCAGAAGUCAAAGUUCCUCUUCUCUUUACGGGAACAACCAACUAUCUUCAUAAAAGGUUUAGCCAAAUCAAGUUUAAUAGCCUUAAUAGACAUUUUCUCUGGCACCAUCAAGCAAUAACGAGGGAAGUGACUUGACUGUUUACUACUAAAGAAUGGCUGAGGAUUACAGAUAGAAGUAUCUUGAACUUGAGAGAGAAUAUAUCUUCCUAAAGAAUGGGCACGACUAUGAAAUAUAGAAAGUCAAGGCUUAGGUUGAUGAUGCUGAGAGGAGAUUCAAUGACAAGUUAAUUUUUGAAACCUAGGAAAUGGAGAGAAGAUUCAGGGAAACUUUAGGCCAAAAGGAUCUUUAGAUCAAUAUACUUUAGAAGUAACUGAUUGAAAUGGAGAAUAAGAUCUAAUAAGAAGCUCAAGAGUUAAUUUCAAUGUCGAAAGUUCAGUAAAAGAUUGAAAAUGACUACCAAGAAACUUAUAAGGAAUUAGAAAAGGCUCAUAAAGAAAGAGAAGAGAGACUUGACCGGCUUUAAAAAGAGCAUGAUUAUUAAGUUUAAAAGCAGUAAAGACUUCAUGAUUAAGAGAAAGAUUGCCUAAAAAAGGACUAUGAGAGUUUAUUGCAAAGUGUGAGAGAUGAGUAUUAUAAGUGUAACAAAGAACUCAAGUCUAUUAUCGAUUCAAAGACUGAUGAGGUGCUCAAUCUCUCAUUAAAAUUAAAACAAGAUCAAGAGGAUCAUAGAAAGGAAAGAAAUGAGCUUGAAGAGACUCUUCAUAAAGAUAAAUACCAUGUCGACUUGUGCACUAUGGAAAUUGAGAAACUCAGAUAAGCAAAAGGAGACUUUGAUUAGGAGAGAGAGUAGCUUUACAAUGAGCUUAAGAAUAUGGAAGCUGAGAGCGAUAGGUGGUUCACAGAAAAUAAAGAACUCAAGAGAAAGAUCAAGAAACUUGAACAUAUCCUCUAUGGAAAGAAAUGA